AUGACAGAGUUCCGUCUAUAAAGCCAGACUUCCUCAGUGAGACCUAUCUUCAGAAGGCUGUCCUGAGGGCAGCUAAACCCAGUGAGGGCCCCCGGGUGUCCCACCUCAUUUCAGGUGGUCCCCUCUUACCACAUCCAAGAGCACUGGAGAAAUAUGGAAGGGGCAAACCUGAGCCAAGGGGUUGAGUUUGAGCUCUUGGGCCUCACCAGUGAGCCCCAGCUCCAGACGCUGCUCUUUGUGGUGUUCCUGGGCAUGUACACCAUCACUCUGCUGGGGAAUCUGGUCAUGUUCCUUCUGAUCCAUGUGAGUGCCACCCUGCACACACCCAUGUACUCCCUCCUGAAGAGCCUCUCCUUCUUGGAUUUCUGCUACUCCUCUACGGUUGUCCCUCAGACCCUGGUGAACUUCUUGGCCAAGAGGAAGGUGAUCUCCUAUCUUGGCUGCAUGUCUCAGAUGUUCUUCUAUGCGGGUUUCGCCACCACUGAGUGCUAUCUCAUUGCUGCCAUGGCCUAUGACCGCUAUGCUGCUGUUUGUAACCCCCUGCUCUACCCAAUCACCAUGUCUCCUGAGGUCUGUGCCUGUCUGAUUGUUGGUUCCUACAGCGCAGGAUUUCUCAAUUCUCUUAUCCACACAAGCUGUAUCUUCAGUCUGAAAUUCUGUGGCGCUCACGUGGUCACUCACUUCUUCUGUGAUGGCCCGCCCAUCCUGUCUCUGUCUUGUGUGGACACCUCGUUGUGUGAGAUCCUACUCUUCAUUUUUGCUGGUUUCAACCUUUUGAGCUGCACCCUCACCAUCUUGAUCUCCUACCUCUUAAUUCUCAUCACCAUCCUGAAAAUGAACUCAGCCCAGGGUAGGUUCAAGGCCUUUUCCACCUGUGCUUCCCACUUCGCUGCCGUGUGCCUCUUCUACGGUACAACCCUUUUUAUGUACCUGCGCCCCACAUCCAGCUACUCCCUGACCCAAGACCGCACAGUUGCUGUAAUCUACACAGUGGUGAUUCCAAUGCUGAACCCCCUUAUCUACUCUUUGAGAAACAAGGAUGUGAAAGAAGCUUUAAGAAAGGUUUGGAGAAGGAAAAUAAUGGAAUGAUCUUCUCAGCUCAUUACCAACAUGUCUUUAGAGAGCUGAGGGAACUUUACCUUAUGUGGUUCUAAUCUGAGCACAUUGCCAUGCUCGCCCCUUGAGUAGUGGGUAUGUUCUCUGGUCUAGAGGUACUUCUGCAUCUACUGAUGUCACAGAGACUAAAAACAAGUGAGAAAUGAGUGUCUGCUUGUUGCAUAAUUGGACCCAUUGGCAAGAUUUAGUUAUGCCUUUGUUCAGAUGCUUCAUAUUUCCAUGUUUGUGAAUGUUUUAUUCUAUUAUCAGAAACUGACAUUUAUAUUAUUCAUAAUAAAAUUCUCCCCUUAACUCACUUGAAGACCUUGGCUGCUUGGGGAAAUCCUCCCCAUUCUUUACAAUCUCUUCUUUGUGAAAACUGACUCCUUGGCUUAAAAUUUUUUUGAUUGUCUAAUUACUUGACUGAUACUGUAACAACAACUUCAUGACAACCUUCACAUGAUGUUU